AUCAUUCAUAUUUUUUUGAUUAGUUUGACAGUUGACAUUGAAAUGUCAGGGUAAUUGACAGCAUCCAAAAUUAAAACAAUUUAAAAAUAUGUUGGGUUAUAUAUAACAUGAAUAAUGCAAAAGGGUAUUUAGAUGUAGAAGUAAAAGAUGACAACGAAUGGAAGAAAUUCCAAUUGAAUCCUAUGGUAACAGUAAAAUUAACAAACCAACAAUGUUUACUUCAAAUAAAUGAAUUGAAAAAUUUAGUAUCAAUAAAAAUAGAAUAUAGAGAGUCCAGUACGGAUGAGCCUAACGAAUAUUUAGUGAAUCUCAGUGAUUUAACUGAUAUUAAAAAAGAAACAGGCGAUUGUGAUAUUAAGACUAAACUAUUAACGGAAGAAAUAAAUUUACCACCAAUAAAAAAUGAAUCACAUUUAUCAGAAGUUUUUGUUGAAUCUCCUACAGUUAAUCAACUUGUAUCUCAAGAUAGGAUUCUCAAAUAUAAUAGACGAGUUGCGAAAUUGAAGAAAAAGAAAAAACUCUUUAAUUGUCUAGUGUGUAUGAAAACUUUUAAAACAUCUUCCUCAAGAAAUGAUCAUUUCAACAAACAUUUUGGAAAUACAUGCGUGGUAUGUCAGUUAUGUGGUAAAUUGUUUGUUAAAAAAAAUUCCUAUAUGCACCAUUACUUCCAGCAUUGCAUGCAGGUAAGAACUAAACGAAAGUCAUUUUUUGAAACCACUACAAAACAAUUUGAAUCUUUAGAAGAAAAAGUUAGAACUGACAAAUAUUCUGUAACAAAGUUUUUCAAAUGCGAAAGGUGUUCGAAGAUUUACCAGAGGUAUAAUUAUUUUGAGGCCCACCUCAAAAGCCACGAUUCUAAUAAAUAUUUUAUACAAAAAAGCAGACGCACGUCAAAUCAUAGCGAUAAAAAAAUGUUUAACUGCGAUACGUGUAUGAAGAAUUUCACCAGAUAUUGGAAUUUGAGGGACCACAUGAAGAUUCACACCGGAGAAGAACCAUUCGAAUGUCAUGUUUGCGGAAGGACCUUCCGCGCUAAACGUCAAUUACGUAGACACGUCCUGACUCACACAGCAGAAAAAUCAUUCGAAUGUACUUACUGUUCGAAACGUUUUACGCGGCGCGAUAAUUUACAUAACCAUUAUCGUAUUCACACAAAUGAAAAGCCCUUCAAAUGCGAUAUUUGUUCCAAGCACUUCCGUAUCAAACAUCAUUUGAAAAGACAUUUACAACAACUUCACGACGAUAAGAGAUUGGAUUGAACAUUUUAUGGGUUAAUGAAGAAUUCAAACAACUAAUUUCAGUACAUUGGAACGAAGUUUUUGCCAGUUAGAUUAUAAGCGUUUUUGUAGUGAGAUUGUCGUAAAAUCAAACACUAAAGUGUACUAACUCUAAUAUAUUUCUAAGCUUUCCAAUACUUACAGCUUCCUUUGCCUUAUGCCACACUUUUCUAUCUAUCCAAUGGUUUUCUUGGUCUUUUAUGGCAUGUUCAAUUCUUUCCUUCCCAGGUCCUUGAGGAUCUUCCUCGUCUUCUUCUAUCUGCGAUUGAUACAUCAAUGCUUUCUUUGGUCACCUGCUCUUCUACAUCCUCAUCACAUGUUCGUACCAGAGCAGUCGUUUAGUCUGUAUUCUCUCUAAAGUCUUGUAUAUUCGACCUGUUCUUCGUCGUAUAUCUUUAUCUUGUGCUGGAUUCCUGUUGUUUCCUCCAAAAUUAUACUUCCUAGGUAUUUGAAUUGUCUGCUUGGUCUAACUCCAUUUAAUUCCAGUUUAAGGUCUCCUUGUGUGGUUCCAAGGGGCAAAUUUUCUGUUUUCGACAUAUUCACAUUCAAACCCCAUUCAAACCUGCUCUAACAACUUGAUCGUCUGCGAAAAAUAGAGUUGUUAGACAUUCAUCCUCUAUCUCAAGUCCCAUUCUCGCAAUUCCUCUUCCAAACUUUACUUUUUCAGCAAUCUUCUGGCUUAGUACCCAGACCUAAUCAUCGUUUUGUACAAUCUUAUCUUUGCUGCUUUGGAGAUUGCUUUUGCUUUGAGAAUAUUAUUCAAGACCCCAUUAUUGUACUACCUUUCACUAUUCGAUUUUCUAGCCCUUUCGUCUCAUCAUCCCUAUUUUUCCACAUUUUACCCCAAUGUCAACCUUCUUGAGUCCAUUUCCAAUCUACUAUAUAGUUUUUCUGGAGAUCUGGCUUAAAUUUGAUGCUUCCAGUGAUAGAUCAAACCUUGUGUCUGUAUUUGCGCUUUCCUCAUGAUUACCUUUAAUGUGAGGUUAAAAAGUAAAGUAGAUAAGAUAUAUCCCUGCUUCAGCCCUCUUUUUCCCUCAAAACUUUCUUCAGACAAUGCUCAAUUCUAAAGCCUCAUACCACUUUGUCCUCUUUAUUGUAUCAUUUGUUUACAAUAUAUGAACAGUAGUUCUAGAGCUUGAUUAUUACUCUGCACUGUUUUUAAGGUAAAAAUCUGAUCCGCUCCUCCCUAAAGUCUCCUUGAUAUUCUCCGGCUUCUUGGUCAUGAAUUGGUCCCAGUUUCUUUGUUAUUAUCCUGGACAAAACAUCCAGCAGUGUUGUAUCCCCUUCUUCUUCCCAAAUUUUUCUUAUCGGUCUGCAAAUCCUUUUAUGGAGUUUUCGCCUACCUAUUUCAAAUAUCUUCCCUGUGUACUAUUUUCUUCUCCACUUUUAUUAUUUUUAUUUGCCAUUUUUCACGUUUUGUCUCCGUGUCUGAAAGUUCUAAUAUUUCCCUUCAAUAAUCUCUGCUGCUUGUUGUUCCAUGACAUCGCUUUUUUAAACACCAUGUAUAUAUAAUAAUCAUCGUUAUUUGCAAUUUAGAGAUUUUAUUCAACUAGUCGUGAUAUGGAUUUUAAUGUUUAUUUGAUAACAAUUGUGAUAUGGCAAAAUAAUUAUUUUAAUUUUUUUAUCUGAUUCGUAUCAAUUAUAAACCAAAAUUAUGGAUUUUUCUUUAUUUCAGUAAUGUUACUAAAGCGAAUUUCAUAGAAAAAUGUUUUUUUAUAAAAUUUAAAUACAUGUUUAAAUAA